AUGAAGUACCUUCAGCUUCUUCUCGCGGCCGCUGGCACGGCUCGCGCCGCCCUCGAUUGGCAAAAUGUCCGCAUCGGAGGCGGUGGCGGCUUUGUGCCCAGCAUCGUCUUCCAUCCCAAUGCCAAGGGUGUCGCGUACGCGAGGACUGACAUUGGCGGAAUCUAUCGCUGGAACUCAGACGACUCAUGGACUCCCAUCACCGACUACAUUGCGCAGAAUGAUACCUGGAACAGAUGGGGCAUUGAUGCUCUGGCCGUCGACCCGUCCGACCCCGAUGUCGUUCUCGCCGCCUUUGGCAUGUACACGAACGACUGGGACCCCAAUGCUGGCUCGAUCGGCCGCAGUACCGACCAAGGCAAGACCUGGACCUUCACAGAGCUCCCUUUCAAGGUCGGAGGCAACAUGCCCGGCCGUGGCAUGGGCGAACGACUGGCCGUGGAUCCCACCAACUCCGAUAUCAUUUAUUUUGGAGCUCGCAGCGGCAAGGGCCUGUGGAAGAGCACCGAUGCCGGCAAGACCUUCUCCGAGGUCACCUCGUUCCCCAACCCCGGAACGUUCAACCCCAACCCGAACGAGGCUGGCGGCUAUGGCAACGACUUGCAAGGUCUGGCCUUUGUCACGUUCGACACGAGCGCUGCGACGGCCAACGGCGCGACGUCGCGCAUCUUUGUCGGAACGGCUGAUAAGACGGCCGAAUCUGUAUACGUCUCUGAAGAUGCUGGCGCUACCUGGACCGCCAUCGCCGGCCAGCCCACCGGCUUCCUUCCUCACAAGGGCAGGGGCGCCGUGUACCGCUAUGAUAUUGCAAAGGCCACCUGGACUGACAUCACUCCCGUCACUGGCGAGGACCUGACAUGGGGAUAUGGUGGUCUGGCCCUGGACAGCCAGAACCCAGGCACCCUGGUUGUUGCGUCCCUGAACUCCUGGUGGCCCGAUGCGCAGCUCUUCCGCUCCACCGAUUCCGGUGCAACGUGGUCUCAAAUCUGGACGUGGGCCAAUUACCCAGAAAUCAACGCCAAAUACAAGAUUGACACUCCCAAAGCGCCCUGGAUCAACCAUGACUUUAUCGCAGUUGACUCCAAGAAGCUUGGCUGGAUGAUCGAGUCGCUCGAGAUUAACCCCUUCGAUAGCGACCACUGGCUGUACGGCACAGGCCUGACCGUCUUUGGUGGACACGACCUCACUAACUGGGAUUCAAACGCCUCGAUCAACAUUGAGUCUCUCGCCGACGGCAUUGAGGAAUUUGCUGUUCUCGACCUGGCUUCGGCGCCUGGCGGCAGUGAGCUUUUUGCUGGCGUCCACGACGAUAGCGGCUUCACCUUCAAGAGCAAGGCCGACCUUAACACGUCUCCCAAGACGGCUUGGAACACACCCAUGUUUGUUGGCUCGAGCGGUGUGGACUAUGCUGGCAACUCGGUGUCCGAGGUCGUCCGCGUCGGCAAUGUCGAGGGCAGUGCCCAGCUGGCCACGUCAUCCGACGGCGGUGUCACUUGGGGUCUUCAUCCCGCCAACGGCAGCACCCAGGCUGGCGGCUCCGUUGCUCUGUCGGCCGACGGCACGAGCGUUCUAUGGUCCACCUCUGGCGUCGGUGUCCAGCGGUCGACUAACCAGGGCCCGCUGUCUCGCGUCUCGAGCCUAGCAGCCGGCUCCGUGAUUGCCAGCGACAAGCGCAAUGACGAGGUAUUCUAUGCUGGCUCGGACGCCUUUUACGUCUCCACCGAUGGCGGUGCUGCCUUUGCCAAGGGAGGUGCACUCCAGGGUGCCAACUCGGUUCGCUCCAUUGCCGCCCAUCCGACCAAGGCCGGCGACGUGUGGGCCUCGACCAAUGUCGGCAUCUUCCACAGCACCGACUCUGGCAAGACGUUCACCCUGAUCUCCACCGAAGUCACCAACACGUGGCAGGUGUCCCUUGGUGUGGGAGCCAACGGAUGGAACGUCUACACAUUUGGCGACGGCGCCGACGGGCCCAAGCUGUACGGUAGCGGCAACGGCGGUGCCAGCUGGACCGACCUCCAGGGCGAGAUUGGCUUUGGCGCUGUCGAUGGCGCCAGGAUUGCCGGCAGCGGCAACGAGGCAGGCUUGGUGUAUGUUGGCACCAAUGGUCGUGGCGUUUUCUACGGCCAGGGCAACUUCAAUGAAGCGGUCGACACGCUGUGA